GUACAUUACAACCGCGCGCGGAGCACGCGGUCACAGAAGAGAGACGACGGAGAGCAGCCAUGGCCGCAGGAGCCGCGUUGUACUACCACCCAGGCGCCGGGAAGGUGAGCCUCGAGGCGGUCGUCCCGUCCUCUCCGUCGCUGGCCCUGAGGCUAUCGCAGAGCAAGGUGCUGUGCGUCAGCAGCAGCCGGUGGUGGAUGAGGCGAAGAUGGGAGGGGAAGGCGAGCAGCGUCAGCAGCAGGGCAAGGGCAAGAGCAAGCGCAAGGCCUGCCUUGUUCUCCCCUGUGGCCAUGGACUGGCAGGAGUGCACUACCGAGCUUGAAGUUGAUGUUCCAUGCUCGGUGGCCUAUCAGUGUUACUCAGAACGGGAGAGUAUUCCUCAGUGGAUGCCAUUCAUCUCGUCUGUCAAGAUCCUUGAAGAUAAACCUGAUCUUUCACGGUGGACUCUGAAGUACGAGGUGCUUGGGCGGGAUGUAGAAUUUUCUUGGCUUGCACGUAACAUGACACCUAUUAAAAACCAGAAGAUCCAUUGGCGAUCUCUUGAAGGUCUUGCUAAUAGAGGUGCUGUCCGGUUCUUCCCCAAAAGCUCAUCCUCCUGUAGAGUACAACUGACGGUGGCAUAUGAAGUUCCUGAAAUUUUGGCCCCAGUUGCAUCAGCACUGAAACCGUUUCUGGAAAGCUUGCUUCUCAAAGGUUUAGAGCGCUUUGCCACAUUUGCCAAGGAGCGUAAUAGCAAGAUACCUCAGGCUUAACAGCGCCAUUACUAGUUCCAUUCUAGUGAAGCCACAUCACAAUGCAUGUAAAGAAUGAUGUCAUUAUGGAUGUGCCCAAAUAAUGUACCCAAAGAGAAGUGAAUACAAAUCUGUCAAAAGUUGGAAGUAAGCUUCUUGCUGUAUGUCAUUGUAGUGUUAUAACGCCAUUAUAAAUCUUGAA